GCCGGGGGGGGGGCGCUAUCUGGUUUCCAUAGGAACAGGCAGCCGCGCGCGGCCGGUACCCAAGGCAACGGGGCGGGGCCUCCGUCAUGACGAGCGAGGCGGGUUGCCGUGGAGACGCAGCGGCGGUGGCGGAUGCGCGCUGGUCGCUCCGCUGUGGCGGCUCUUCCUGCUCCCGCAGGACGACGGUGGAGGGGCAGGCGGCCUGGGUGUCUGAAGAGAAGGGGGAGGAGGUCGCCGCGGCGCUGUGGAAGGCUCGGCUGGCGGCGACCGAGGUCCGGGCCGAUUACCGCGAAGCCACCUGCCGGCUGGCCAGGAGCAACGCGGAGCUGCUGCGGCGGCGGCAAGACGCGGGGAGGGAGGCGGCGGCCGUGAUGGCCGCCCGCGCGAAGCACGGCCAGGAGAAGGCGGAGGAGAUUGGGAAACUGAAGCAGGAGCUGAUUGAUUUGAAACAGAAAGCUCAAGAAGAUAAGAAAAAGCUGGCAGACUAUUAUGUCCAACAAAUAAAAGAACUGGAAGAGAAAUUUCAGAAAAAGGUUGGAGAAAUUGGCCAAAUCCACUUAGAACUGGAAUCAAUAAAGGAGUUCCGCAGGGAGAUGGCAGCUGUGGAAAAAGAGCUGGAAGAUAUAAGACCAGAAGAAGUUGUUGACAAAAAGCAAAUAAUGAUGACAGAGACCACCCAGUGUGAGACUGUUUUGCAGCUGAACAGCCCUGGGAGAGACGCGUUUAAGGAGAAUGUUGGUCUUCAUGGUGUAUUUGCUUACCAGCUGAAAGAGACAAUGGAAUUGCAGAAAAUCAAUCAGAAGUUAGAAGAGGACAAAACUCUUCUGUUACAGGAGAAGGAAAACAACGAGGGUUUGAUUCGAAAAAAGAUCCUACAGAUUAAUCACCAGAAAGCACAGAUUGGAGAUCUGCAACGUAAAGUGGAAAAGCUGGAGAGGGCCUUAAGUUGCAUGACUGGAGAAUCUGUGAGAGAGACUCAGAAAACACAGCAGCAGACACUGAUAGAAAACCAGGCAAGCAUGGUGGAGAUCAAGAAACUGCAGCAACUACUAGAAAUGAAGGAUCGGGAGAUGAACCGAGUGAAGAAACUAGCCCGGAAUAUCUUAAAUGAGAGGACCGAGGUGGAAAGGUUCUUUCUAGAUGCUCUGGAACAUGUGAAGCAGGAGAUCAUAUCCAGUAGAAAACAAUAUAAGAAAAAGGCCCAAACUGCCUAUUACAGAAAAAUGAUGGAGGCAUGUGCAGGGAAGGAAGAAUUUCCCAAAAUCAAAACAUUCAAGUGCAACAUAAACAGCACAAAUAGUGUGUACAGAGACCUAGAGGAAGCAGAGAAAUGCUACUGGGAAACAAUCCAGUUUGAAAAAGUGGAUAUCAGUGAAUUGACAUGGGAACAAAAAGAACGUGUUCUGCGAUUGCUUUUUGCCAAAAUGAAUGGCAGAAAUCAAUGGAAAUACCCCAGAGUUUUGUCUUCUUCAGCUCCAGCUCCUAAUGAUAUUAAAAAAGAAAGCAAAAAUGGGUAAGAUAAUAAAUUAUUCCACACUAUCUAACAUCUCUGCAGUCCUGGUUAUAUAUAAAUGGAUGCAAUUGUCUCUCCAUUGUUCCUCCCACUUCAGAAUACUGUGGUUUGUCUGAAGAUCUAUAUUAGCGUGUCUAUACACAAA